AUGGCACCAUGUCGUCUCACCGGUUCCGCCGUCCGUGAGGCUAUCAAGAAUAUCUUCGCUGACUCCCAGGAGAAGAAGCGUAACUUCACUGAAACCAUCGAACUCCAGAUUGGUUUGAAGAACUACGAUCCCCAGCGUGAUAAGCGUUUCUCUGGUACCAUCAAGCUCCCCAACAUUCCCCGUCCCAACUUGUCGGUCUGUGUUUUGGGUGAUGCUUUCCACUGUGAUCAAGCCAAGGCCAUUGGCAUGGAAUUCCAGUCCGUUGAUGACUUGAAGAAGCUCAACAAGAACAAGAAGCUCAUCAAGAAGCUCGCCAAGAAGUACGAUGCUUUCCUUGCUUCCGAAGCUUUGAUUAAGCAGAUUCCCCGUCUCUUGGGUCCCGGUCUCCACAAGGUUGGCAAGUUCCCUACCCCCGUCUCUCACAACGAUGACUUGAACGCCAAGGCCAACGAGAUCCGCGCCACCAUCAAGUUCCAGUUGAAGAAGGUUCUCUGUUUGGGUGUUGCCGUCGGUCACGUUGCCAUGACUGAGGAUCAGCUCACUGCCAACAUCUUGUUGUCCGUCAACUUCCUUGUCUCUUUGCUCAAGAAGAACUGGCAGAACGUCAAGUCUUUGUACUUGAAGUCUACCAUGGGCAAGCCCCAGCGUCUCUACUAA